AUGGGUGGCGCCGUCAGUGCUGGCGAAGACAACGAUGAACUCGUGGACCAUCUGGUCGAGGCAGACUACAUCCGCAGUCCAGACGUCGAGAGCGCGCUGCGUGCCGUCGACAGGGCACACUACUAUGCCGAUGGGUGCAAGGAAAAUGCAUAUCGAGACCUGGCGUGGAAACAAGGAAAUUUACACUUAUCAGCACCGUGCAUCUAUUCAGAGGUCCUGGAAGCCCUGCAGUUGCGUCCAGGCAUGACCUUCCUGAACCUUGGCAGUGGCACGGGAUAUCUGAGCACUGUUGCUGGCCUGCUGCUCGGUUCUAACGGCGUCAACCAUGGUGUGGAGCUGCACGAAGAUGUCGUACAGUAUGCACAGCUCAAGGUGUCACAAUUUCUGCGGUCUAGCCAUGCGCUCGAGGAGUUUGACUUCUGCGAGCCGCGCUUUGUCGUGGGCAACUGCCUGUCGCUUGAGACCAACGGUCGCCGCUACGACCGAGUCUACUGUGGGGCUUCCUGUCCCAUUGAGAAGGUGACCGUCUUCAAGGCCCUCCUCAAGAUUGGGGGUGUGCUCGUAAUGCCCUGCAAUGAUCAGCUGGUGCAGGUGAAGCGCACGGCUGAGGACGUCUGGGCGGAAAAGAACAUCCUCCCUGUGUCCUUUGCCAGCCUCGUGCCCCCGCAAAGGGACGGUGCCGAGGUGGUGCUGCCCGACUAUCAACCCAGCAGCCUCCAGGAGCUGAGCCGCGGCGUAAUCCGUCGCCUGCUCCGUGCCCGGCUGGAUCGGGAAAAGAUUGCGAAGCCUCGCCGCCGCCUGCAGCCUUCGCGGCUGCGGAGCACCAGUGGCGGCAAUUUGGUGAUGCCCUUCAGAGGCACUGGAAGCGGCACCUCUACCGGCGGCGACUCCGGCAGCAGCAGCGGUGACGAACCGCACCGCAAGCGGUCGGCUGGCGGGGAGGGCUCGGUCCUGUGGAAGCGCGCAGCUCUCGACGAUGUCUGCCCACAAGCCCUGCAGCAGCAGCUGCAGGAGCGUCCUCCCUUGCUGCGCCAGAGGAUUCUCGAGCUGCCCCUGCCGCCUCGGCUCAAGACGUACCUGAAUUUCGACCGCCAGCUCUGAUUGACCGCGGCUAUCCGUGACGGCAUUCAUCCGCAACCCAUGCAAUGGGGGUGUCACCCACGUGUCGCGCCACGGUGGCGACUGUCCGAGCACUUUAAAAGCCAGGACGACUUGUCUCCCGUCUUUAUCCUAAUGCUCCGGGAGCUCAGUUGUGGAGAGCGGCGAGAGCGCACUCGUCUGUGCUUAGAAAACUUCUCCUUGGUGCAGUGACGGCCUUUCCUCCGAGUCGGAUGCUCUGACGGAGGCCCAUGCUGGUCGCGCUUCCAAGUCAGCGUCGAGAAGUCUGCUUUUUUGUGAUGGUGGUGUUCCGAGAACAUAACGUGCCGUAACUGUUACGGGUUGGUCAGGUUGGCUGAUCUCAUACGAAAUGUGUGCUCGGUGCUUAGCGAGCACUUUACCGAAGCGUUUUAUUAGCCAUUAGUAGAGUCUUUUUUUAAAUGGUACGUACAGCCGUAUCCUCUUGCUCUCUAAUAGCGGGAGGUGUGUGUCGAAGAACAUGCACUUUUGUGAUGAAGAUGUGUGCUGUGGCUUGUUUUGUUUCAUGCUUGGCAUGCUGCUGUCUUUAAGCCAUGUGGCUUUGUUUGCAGUGCAGAAUCUGCUGCUUUGAAGGAGUACUGUAUGCAUACAAAAGGUUCUUUAAAUUCUCUAGUACAAAAAUCAGGCACUGCAGGGUGUUCCGUGUUUGCAUGCGGCUGCGUGGACCAAGCACUUCACGGCAGAGUGUGCUCUGCUGUCGCAAAGCCACCCUUCAAAACCUGGGCAGCAACUGGUGGCAUAAGUAAUCAUUUCUGGAGUUUCACCUCAUGCUUAAAGUUGGGCUGGUUUGCUUUGACAGCGGUUUUAGCUGUCUGAUGUGCUCUUGACAGGUUACAUUUGCACGCAGUUUCUCUUUUUCUUAUCCCAUCAUCUGGCCAUGCAUAGGUAAGUUAUGUGCACCGAAAUAUUGCAUAGGCUCGUGAGAGAACUAAGGUUAUUAUGUUUGAUCAGCUUAAAUGUAAAAGAUGACAAUACUACACAUAAUUUAAGUGCGUGCUUCAGAACAAAGAAUAGUUCUUGAUUUGUUGAAUAUUCUUUUUCUCCGUUGACAAGCAUUGUAGGUGAACUAUUGCUUUGCAAUUUCAGAGCAAGCCUCAACCAUGUUUGCUCAUUUGCAUAGUUUCUGUUUAUGUUUUCCCUAGAUUCAUCACUUGUGCCUUGUGUUAACUUAGUUUCUCUUCCCAGGUUUCCUUUUUUUUUUUGUACACAUGGAAGAAAAGUUUGAAGCGCACACUAUCGUGUGUUACUUAGAGAACUCAGUGGUUAUUUUGGCUGAACUACCUACUUCUUGCGCUCACCUUCUUCGCAAAACUUUGAACAUUGUAACGAGUUUUGUUGAUUGCCCUGCUCAAGUGCAGUACCUACCUUUUACAUUUCGUCCAGAAUAACUUUAUCAAAAGAAUGCUUUGUACGCGGCAGUGUGACAGCCCAAAUAUAAUUCAUUUCAGUGAUGGAAGUGGUGGCAGCUCCUGUCAAAGGCGUACGUGCCAAGCUACAGCCAUGUGCAAUAUGAAAGGGAACAUUAGCCUUGUGUGACAAUGACGCAUUGCAUGCUGUCAAGUAUCUAGCGUAUUAACUUGCAAAGAAUGCUCUGCUUGAAUAUUUAGUGUUGCGAACAUUUUCGGGCUUGGCAAUCGCGCUUUGUCACUAUGUCUAUUUGAAGUUUAUUCCAUGUUCCUUUUCAUAUUGCUUGUGACUGUACAGCAGAGGCAGAUCUAAUGUGCAGAGUAAUGUGAUGCCACUAGUGAGUGUGCGCCUGCUCCCAUUACAUCAUACAACCUGCCUCUGUUGGCUAGUGUUUGUAGAACUUUCUUUGCGUAAGCAUGGCGUAAGCAUCAUCUGCGAUUGGCUGUUGCCAUGGCGAUUUGUUUCGUCAUGUCCAUUACUGUCACGGUUGGCUGGGUAGGUUGCUAGCUGAUGAAAGAAAUGCUGCUGUACUAGAAAGAUUCUACUGAGCAUGACGCAGUAGACCGAACUCAUAUAAUGAAUGAAUUAAUUAGGGAUACUUCAUAUAAUGAUGUAUCACUAUUUAUGAAGUUAAUCAAGAACAGUCUUGUCAUUAGCACAGUGUAAUGAAUAUACGGUUAUUACGGAUUUUCUGAAUUAUUGAUGUCAUUUUCGUGUCUGUUGUAACUUUGUCACAGCAAGAUUCAACUGUAAAUAGUAUAUAAAAGAACUGUAUUGGGAUACUGUACCCAUUUGUGACGAAACGCUUUCUGUGUGUGAAAUUUUAACCAUAAAUGAGCGAAUGAUUUUUUUUAGCCAUCAUAAGGCACCUUAGUGCAACACUUGACACGUUUCUCCACGAAGCUGGUUCGUGCAGUGUUGCCAUCCUGCAGCUGCAGUUGCUAAGUGGCUGCAAACAAAGAAGGCACCUGCCACCCCGACGACAAUGUGGCAAGCCAAGUACAAAACAGCACAAGAGAUGUGUAUUUUGGCCGCAUGCUUCACAAGCAGUGCAGCAGAAAGAAGUGUGACGUGGCCAAAGCAAGCGACUGUGUGUGUGUGUGUGAUCCAUGGCCCAGAUUUUCUAGCCAUGAGAGGUCACCACUUUUUUUCUUCCUUGUUUGUUCGAGUUAGUGCCGAGCUGUAAAUACGGCCACUUGAUGGUCUCGGAGAAGCCCGACGACUAACAUCCUGUAUAAGCCAUAAUAAAUGACAAACAAUGAAA